AUGAUACUCAGUCCCUCAAUCCGAUCGUCUGUUUUCCCUCCCGUUCCUGAAAAGGCAACGCAGGUGCAGGCUCUGAGCGCUAAAGAAGAGAGUGUUCCGCAUGUCCACGCGCCACCAGUGAACGAAGGUGAAGCCGAGGAAGAAGCAGCAGACUUGGUCAAUGGCAUCACGACUUCAAUUCAGCAGGACGCCCUGGGGAUUCCAACUGACGCCGACCCCUUGGAGCCCGACAUCGCCCUCGCCCCGUCUGCAGCGGAUGACUUGCAGAAUGGGAAACCCAAGAAGACGUCGCCUGCCAUUGGUAUUACCCUGCGCGUGCUCAGCGAUAUAACGGAUCUUUGCGAGAGAUUCUCCAACCUCCUUCACCCCUCGCCCCCGUUCACCCUGAUCGGGCCCCGCCUCCAACUGGUCGGAGUCUUGCUCUCUAUAUUUCUGCUGUCAUCGAUGGUCUCAAGCCACGUCAUCGUCAAGAGCUGCUCGCUGGCAAUCGGCCUUGCAUUCUUCGGUGAUCCGGUUUUCAAGCGAGCGAUGGACUUGCUGAACACCAAGAUCCCCAACUGGAAAACAUACAUGGAUAUCGAGAAGUAG